AUGGCUGAUCGAUGCUUUCCCAACGUAUUACCAGACUUUGUAACAGAAGAACAAGAAGAAGAAGAUAAAGUAACCAAUGGGGAUUCUCUCAUGAAGCUUCUCUCCAUGCCUUACACUUCAAUUUCCAAGCAGUUUCAACGCUCUGGUUUGGAUCUUAAAGAAACAAUUGUGAUGGAGACAUGGGGGUUAAGUGGGCAAAUUGCGCAAGAUUUUACUCUUUAUAGUGGAAUUCUUGGCACUGCGUUGUUGCUUUUUAAGAGUUAUCAAGUUACUAGUAAUAAAAGCGAUCUCUUUCUUUGUUUCGAGAUUGUUAAGGCCUGUGAUUCUGCUUCUCUGGCUUCAAGGGAUGUGACAUUUAUAUGUGGACGAGCCGGUGUUUGUGCACUUGGGGCUGUAGCAGCAACGCAUCUUAAUGAUAAAGCAUUACUGAAUCACUAUCUAAGUCAAUUCAGAGAGAUUAAGCCGUCGAGAACUCAUCCUGAUGAGUUGUUAUAUGGACGAAGUGGAUUUUUGUGGGCUUGUUUGUUCUUAAAUACACACAUGGGGCAGGGUACUGUCCCUAAUACAACCAUUCGUGCUGUUGCGAGUGAAAUUAUCAAGAAUGGAAGAGCAUUCGCGAAGAAAGGAGGGUCCCCAUUAAUGUAUGAAUGGUAUGGUGAGAGGUAUUGGGGUGCUGCUCAUGGAUUGGCAGGUAUUAUGCAUGUUUUGUUGGAUGUGGAGCUGAAACCUGAUGAGUUUGAGGAUGUCAAGGGCACCCUUAAAUACAUGAUCAAUAACCGCUUUCCUAGUGGCAACUAUCCCACAACUGAAGAAGAUCGCAAGAGGGAUGUUCUUGUGCAUUGGUGUCAUGGAGCAUCUGGAAUUGCUCUUACACUUGUCAAAGCAGUUAAGAUUUUUGGAGAUAAAGAGUUUCUGGAAGCAGCUAUAAGUGCCGCAGAGGUAGUUUGGCACCGUGGGCUGCUCAAGCGAGUUGGGAUUUGCCAUGGCAUCAGUGGGAAUGCGUAUGUGUUUCUCUCACUGUACCAGAUAACAGGCAACAUAGAGUUCUUAUACAAGGCCAAAGCGUUUGCUUGCUUUCUGCUGGAUAGAGCUCACAAACUUAUAUCAGCUGGAGAGAUGCACGGAGGUGAUAGCUCCUACUCUAUGUUUGAAGGAAUGGGAGGUAUGGCUUAUCUUUUUCUAGAUAUGACCGAUCCAUCCAACGCUAGAUUCCCUGCUUAUGAACUCUGA